AUGAAGCGCGGGGGUAUAGCCUUCCGUCCCUCUCACGGUGCACUUGAAGGUUUAGGAGGAGGUGGCCGGCUUCUUCAGGGGGCCCUGGCUUUCUUGCAAGGACGGCCUGUUGAGGGUCUCAGGCCCCGCUGCUAUAAGGAGUUGCAUGCAGCGCGCAGGGUUGGGGAGCCCGCGAGUCGAAGCAGAACGAGUAGAAGAAAGCAGGCUGAGGUGGAGACUCAUGGGGCUCCCCCAAGCAGCAACGGGGAGAAAGGGAGAAGUGCAGCGGUGUCGCUGCGGCUGGAAGUACUGAGGAAAGCCAAAGAAGCAGAAGAGGCCCGAAGUGCCUUCCCCAUCGCUCUCCGUUUGCCGCACCCUGAACUUGUUGCUGGAGUCACCUAUCGCCGCUUAGGUUGCCCGCAGCCGCUGCAGACCCACAAGAAGCAGCAGCAGCAGCAACAGCAGCAGCAGCAGCAGCUUUUGAGGGGGCCGCUGGUUAGCAGCCUUUGCGUUGGGACGUCUCUUAUUGGGGGCAAUGUAAUGCAAGACGAUGAAGCGGCCUUUAGGAUGCUGUGCACGGCUUAUGAGGAAUAUGGGAUAAACUUUUAUGAUGUGGGAGAGCUCGACCCCCUUCCGCAUGCACCGCAGCACCAUGGCUCCGGCCACCGGGGUGUCUUGCGUCGAUUCUUUCAAAAGUAUCGUGGCCUAGGAAGUGGAGGCGACGAACCACAGGCUUCUGUGGGGCCCAAAGCAGCAGCAGCAGCGGCAACAACAGCAACAGCAGCAGCAGCAACAGAUCAACAGAAGUUGAAAGCAGAAGCGCAACGUCUGUUCAUCUCCGUGAGAGUCCUCAGUGGAGCACUUGGAUCGUUUGACUACGAACGAUUUGCUCUCGAGAGGAGAAGGAGAGAAGCAGUUGCAUGCGCUGCUGCACAGGAUGCAGCAGCAGCAGGAGCUGAUGCGGCGGGAAUUGCUGCUGCUGCUGCUGCUGCUGUCAAAGCUGCAACGCUUACUGUCGGUGACGAAACAGAAGGCAUCACCCGUUGGGCGAGGCCCAUGGGUUGGUGGGCUAGGACCCCCCAUGGGGCCCCCCGACUAACGGCGAAAGAUUUGGAAGCAGCAGUAGACAGCAUGUUGCAGCGGCUGGGGAUCGACUGCAUUGACCUCCUCCAGCUCACCGACCCUCACCGUUACGUGCCUCGCCAAGAAUUGGGAGAAGACACCUAUUGUUGGGGUUUGGAGAGGCCAGAUGCGGUACCUAUUCAAGAACAACUUGAAAUGCUGUCGGGCUUGAUAAAGAAGGGAAAGGUGCGCUACCUAGGCGUUAGUAACGAGACAGCCUAUGGAAUUUUUAAGUGGGUGGAGGCGGCAGACGAGAUGAACUUGCCGCGAAUUGUGUCCUGUCAGCAACUCUACAACGUUAUGCACCGCAACGAGCUCGAAACAUCAGGGAUCCCUGAAAUGGCAUUUAGGCUUGGAGUGCCGGUGCUCGCUUACGGGACUCUCGCGGGCGGCAUAUUGACGGGGAAAUACCUCGACCCUGAAAGGUUGUCAAUUGCACUCGUGCAUGCAAAGGAUUAG